AUGCUGCGUGCAGCAACCCUGCUGCUGUGGCCAUGCAGUAGCCACUACGUUGAGCUGCCGGGUUUGCGCUGCAUUGAGCUGCCCCAACACCCUCUUGGCACAAAGGGCGAACAGUGGAGCGAUGAUUUGGAAAUCAGCGCCAGAAAUGCGUGCGAUGAGACGGAGUUGUGCACAGGCUUCAUGCGUUAUACCGGCAAUCAUGCGGAGCAUUGCUUCGACUGGUGUGGCCGCCCACAAUUUUGCCUGGCGGACCAGGACAAGCAUCCGCUAGAGCCAAACCCAGCCUGGACAAGCUAUGUGAAGUCUGAGUACUUCGAAGCUCUUGGCAUUUCUCAUUCAGAAGUUCGUCGUCACAUUUCCAACAAAGCGCAGCCAAAGAUGCCAUUAGAUGGCGAGCUUGCGCGUGAAGUGAAUUGUGAUGGAACCGGGUUCGGACAAAGAGCUGAUCCCUCUGUGUUUUUGGUGGCGCCCGAGCGCGUUGCCAACGGAACAGAGCCUUUGGAGCCUGGCUGCCACGUCCUUUAUGUUUCUGGACAGAUGUCACCAGAGCUGAACAGCGUGCAUGGUGUGCUCAGUGAAGCAGAGGACGCAUUGUUGCCUGUAUUCUCUGCAAGUGUGCCAGACCAGGAUUUUGCGCCUGGCACUGCUUCACCCAAAUCUCCUCGACGGUUUUACUUUGAUGCGGUUCCGGAAUUUCCCGCCGCAGUUGCUUUCAAAAAGAAGUACGUCCUGUCCGUCUACUUCUUGUCGCCGGAGAGCUAUUGCCCAGGGGCCAACAAUACACAGCUCAGCCCAAAGAUGGUGAAACGAGAUUUUUCAGCGCAGCAUGUAUAUAUUGAAGAUGGGACGCAUGAAACUCGCGAAGCUGCUUUCAAGCACUAUCACUUCACCAUGUUAUGUGGGGAUUUUUCCUCUUCCUCGUUUCCUCCGCUGCCUUUGGUUUACUCUUUGGCAUAUGUGGCUCACGCCAUGGUUCCAGAGUUCAUUCACUGGAAAUCCAGCAGGAUGUUCUUCCACCUUCCUGAUGCUGCACAGGGUGUCCGCUCCACUGCUUUUGCUGGCUUGGAAGCCUACUUGCACAAUCUGAUGACGUCUCCAUCAAAAGAGAAGAUCAUGGAGUUCAAGGAAACAUUUACCCUUUUGUGUCAGGUGCUGUUUCGCUACCGCUAUGCAGAGCCCAUCCGACGCCGUGCGGAGGUCGCCGCUUGUGGGUUGUGCGAUGCUCGUGCCCGGGAGGAGCGACGCUCCGUGGCCAGCGCUGAUGAGGCCGUAGCAGUGGCGUUUUGCAUCAUGAGCCGACGUAGCGCCCACGAGCUGCGGAAGGUGGUGAGAGAAACCUGGGGAAGAGGGCUUGCGGGCAAAGCGCCAGCCGUCGUGCAACGCUUCUUCGUUGGCAAGGCCGCCAAUUCGUCACAUGCGCUGCAUGACUCAAGUGCGGGAGACGUUGUGGAGCUGCCAGUUGUGGAGUCCUACCGCACGCUGAACAUCAAGGCUUUGUCCAUGUUGUCCUGGGCUCACCGAAGAUAUCCGAACUUGCAGUGGUUGGUUAGACACGAUGAUGAUGUUUAUCUUCGAGCUCCUGCAUUGUUAGCCCAGCUUGCGAGCAGACCUCCGAUUCGCUAUCUCUGGGGCAUGUUCGACCACGGCUCAAGCCCUGUUCGAGAUCCAGCACAUCAGCAUUACAAUUCCUAUGAGCAAUUUCCAAAGCAAGAUCACCCGGCAUGGGGCGACAUUUUUCCACCCUAUGCCAGAGGUCUGCUUUGGGCAAUGUCUGCAGACUUGGUUGCCGCCACUGUCAAAGAGUUUAUGGCCGAUCGUGAGGAGCAGCCAGAUGUGCCGCUUGACGAGGCAGCUGCAGAUCAUUUGCCUCACCCUGAUGACCCUGCAGUUGGAGUGUUGAUUGCCGGCUUGGUGCAGCGAGGCAUGUCUAUCAAUUUGGAUGACCGAGACUUCAACUCCUUCUCGUUGAACCCAUCUUGCAAUUCGACAUUCUCCAAUAUCCACAAUCGGACGUGGGUGGUCCACCACGUGCAGCCAGAAACAAUGCGAUGCAUGUGGGACUUGGACAAUGCCGAAGAAGCGAAACAGAUCUCCUCCCAGAACUCCGUAAUUGACGCAUCCAGCCGGAUCUUUCCAGACUUGUGCCUUUGUUCGACAGAUGUUGUAGAGGAGCACGAUGGGGAAGAGGAACCCUUUUGGUACGACAAGUCCCGGUUCAACAAUGCACGAUAG